AUGUCAACAGCUACAAAUCCUUCUACUUUGUUGCCACUUGAAUUAAUUGACAAAUGUGUUGGAAGUAGAAUAUGGGUAAUUAUGAAAAGUGAAAAAGAAAUUGUCGGGACAUUAAUUGGUUUUGAUGAUUACGUAAAUAUGGUGCUUGAGGACGUUGUGGAAUACGAAACUACACCAGAAGGUAAACGUGUUACUAAAUUGGACACAAUCCUUUUGAACGGUAAUCACAUUACUAUGCUUGUGCCUGGUGGAACGGGACCGGAAAUAUAAAGAAAUGAUUUUUUAAUGUUUAAAUUAUUUUUAAUUUUUGAUCUUUUAAUUGAUAAAUUUUCAAUAUUUUUUUAAUAUUUUUUUAAAUUUUUUGUCAAGACAGUACUGAAUAUUUUUUAUUAUUUUCUUUUGUUUUUUUGAUUUUAAAAAUUUUCUUAGGCGUAGAAUUUU